AUGCGUUUCUCCGCUGUUAUCACAAGUACUCUUUUGCUGUCCAGCACUGCGCUGGCUUCCCCGGCUUCGUCGCCUGCGGGAAGUGCUUCGGCUCAGAGCGCCUCGAGUGAAUCGACAGCCGCUGCUGUUCACCAGAAUGUGAACAACCAGGGCAACUCUCAGGCCAGUGGUCAAGAAAACGCCCCGUUGACCACUACCACCCAGCAGCAGCAACAACAACAGCAGGAACAGCAACAGUCUACGUCGCAGGCUCAGGUUCAUGUGCCAGCUCCAUCUCAAGGCAAGCCCGAGGAGGAUGAGUCCGCUUCGGCUCAAACCCCAACCGCGGAUGCUGCCACUGGUUCCGCCAACACGGCAGCAGCUGCCAGCCCUUCCCCUAGCGAGGCGUCGUCCAACACCAAACACACCGAGACCAGCGAUGAUGAUGACCAGGAUGGUGGUCUUCUGGGUGGCAUUCUGGGCGGCGAAAAGUCCAGCAGCUCUUCUUCUGAGGCUGCCACUCCUGCCGCUAACACUGCCAACUCUGGCAACACCGCCAGCACCGCCAGCACGGCAGCAGCUACCAGCCCUUCCCCUAGCGAGGCGUCGUCCAACACCAAACACACCGAGACCAACGAUGAUGAUGAUGAUGAUGAUGAUGACCAGGAUGGUGGUCUCCUGGGUGGCGUUCUGGGCGAUGCAAAAUCCACCCAGAACACUCCCACUUCCUCCGCUGCUGAGAGCACCACGUCUCCCGGUGCAGCUGCCUCCACGGGUGCUUCUGAAACCACUGGAGAUGGUCUCCUUUCUGACUUGAAAUCGUCGCUCGGUGGUGUCGGAGGUCUUCUCUCGCCUACCUUGCUCAAGGACAUUGAGUCUUUCUUCCACCACGUCGCCUACCUGCUCGACGACAAGAGCACGGAUCAGACCAAGACCUUGAUCGGGAAGGGUUACAACCUUCUGACCGACGACUUGGCCGACGAGGUCAACAGCCUCCUGAAGAACGGCAACAACCUCUUGACGCCUAGCUUCGUGAACGACACUCAGACCUUGAUUAGCAACGUUGGACCUCUGCUCUCGCCUGACUUGUUUGAGAAGAUCAGCACCCUGCUCAACAACGGCAACGACCUCCUCACUCACGAGUUUGUCAAGGAGGUCAACUCGCUCAUCACGAACGGCAACAACUUGCUCACGCCCGACUUUGUCAAGGAGAUCAACAGCUUGAUCAAGACUGUCAAGCCUCUGCUUAACGACGACCUGUUCGACAAGAUUACCAAGUUGCUGAACAACGGUAACGACCUGUUGACCGCCGACUUCGUCAAGGAGGUCAACUCCCUGAUCAAGAACGGCAACAACUUGCUCACGCCCGACUUCGUCAAGGAGAUCAACAGCUUGAUCAAGAACCCCCUGCUUAAUGACGACCUGUUCGACAAGAUUACCAAGUUGCUGAACAACGGCAAUGACUUGUUGACUGCUGACUUUGUCAAGGAGGUCAACUCCCUGAUCAAGAAUGGCAACAACUUGCUCACCGCGGACUUUGUCAAGGAGGUGAACUCGCUGAUCAACAACGGCAACGAUCUCCUGACUGCCGAAUUCGUCAAGGAGGUCAACAACCUCAUCACCAACGGCAACAACCUCCUCACUGCCGAAUUCGUCAAGGAAACCAAGGGUCUCAUCGACUCCGUCGCCCCGAUCCUCACCCCCGACCUCCUCAAGGAAGUCGGCGGCCUCCUCAACAACGCCAACAGCCUGCUCACCCCCUCCUUUGUCAACGAAACCAAGAACCUCAUCGACGCCGUCGCCCCCAUCGUCACCCCCGAGCUCCUCAACGGCGUCGGCGGCCUCCUCUCCAACGCAAAGGCCCUCCUCACCUCGGACUUCGUCGACGAAACCCAGGGUCUCAUCGGCAACGCCAACUCCCUUCUCACCAAGGACUUCGUCAAGGACACCAAGGGUCUCAUCGGCGACGUCGCUCCCGUCGUCACACCAGACCUCCUCGACAAGGUCCCCGGCCUCCUCGACUCCGCUGGCAAGCUUCUUACAGACAAAUUCGUUGACGAGACGCAGUCUCUCAUCGACACUGUCUCUCCCGCUAUCACUCCCGAUCUCCUCAAGGACGUCAAGGGUCUGCUGGGUAACGCGAACACGCUACUUACACCUGGGUUCGUUAAUGAGACCAAGGAUCUUAUUGGCGAGGUUUCGCCGGUUAUUACGCCCGAGAUGCUUAAGGAGGUUACUGGGUUGCUUGAUAAUGCCAAUGACUUGCUUACGCACCAGUUUGUUAACCAGACGCAGACGCUGAUUGAGGAUGCGUCGGAGUUGUUGCCGGCUGUUGUUAAGUUGUUGGGUGAUGUUUAAGCGGGAUUGAUUUAUUAUGAUUAAUGUGUUAUUUUUCUUGUGUUAUUUCCUUGUGUUUUUUAUGAUCUAAUUAACGCAUUUCCAUGAUGGAUAUGUUAUGUGGAGGAUGUUCGGGGUUUUACAUAUGAAGCCUGAGUUGGUAUAUAUGUACAGAGAUGUUAAUUGUCAUGUCAUGUCAUGCUUGAAUAUUAAUUCAUGUCAUUAUUCAACUUAUAUUGCCCAAGUGUAGUGCAUAAGUGUUCGUAGUAUGUACCUUGAAGGACUCGUGUCAAGCAUCCUUCAAGUAGAUGUCGCGCAUGGGUAUCAUCGUAUUCAAAGGUGUCCUGGAUCAGUCCUGAGCUCGCCGGAUCCUGUACCCUGGCUUUCCUUUCCUAGCGCGUUUGAACCGGUCGAGACCAAAUCCCCGUAUCUCAACCCCAGGACGCCAUGAAUGUCUCGAAACAGAUAAACUUCUUCCUCCCAGCCUUGGCCUAUCCAAACCCUUC